AUGAGUGUACACUUAUUGAACUUUUCCGAUCAUCAAGAGUCUCAAUCCGCCAAUUUCCCUCGCUUCCCCUGUUCCCCAUCUCCCCCAUCUGUAUCUCUCCCUCUCUCCCUUCUCCGCCCCUUUGUCUCCCUCCGCACGUCCGUCUGCGCGCAGGGGGCGGUGAGCGAGGCGGAGGCGGCGCGGCUGAUGCGCGCAGUGAUGCGCGUGGUGGCGGAGUGCCACGCGCGCGGCGUGGUGCAUCGGGACGUGAAGGCCAGCAACUUCCUCUUCCUCUCCGCAUCCCCCGCCGACUCUCCCCUUGUCGCGAUCGACUUCGGCCUUGCCGCCUUCUGCCGCCCAGGCGAGCGCCUGCGUGACGUGGCUGGCAGCCCGUGCUACGUGGCGCCGGAGGUGCUGAAGCGGCAGUCGGGGCGCGGGUACGCGCACUCCGCGGACGUGUGGAGCGCGGGCGUGCUCUUCCACCUGCUCCUCUCCGCACGCCCGCCCUUCGACGGCCCCAGCAUAGUGGACGUGUUCAGAGCCGUGGCGAGCGCGCCGUUGGACCUGGAAUCGCGGGCGCCAUGGGCGGGCGUGUCCGCGGAGGCCAAGCACCUGCUCGCCGCCAUGCUCUCCCGCGACCCUGACGCGCGCCCCACAGCGCAGCAAGUGCUCGAGCACAAGUGGUUUCAGAUGCACUCGUCUGCAGAAUGCUGA